AUGGCGAGCUCAAGCACUGGGCCUGAUACUGAUCUGGCCCAGCUAUCUCCUGACCAACAGGAGGCCCUACAGCAAUACAUCCAGUUCACCAACCAAGAACCAAAGGAUGCCAUCCCACUACUGGAGAGGUCGCAAUGGAAUGUCCAGAUUGCUAUAACAAAGCUCUUCGAUGGAGAAGGACCUGACCCCGUUGCCGAAGCUCAAACCCAAGCCGACAUCCCACGCGUGGCCGGCCGACAUGAGAACCUCCAAGAAAGCUUUUAUGUACAUCCCACCGCAGGCAGGAUCCCUCACACACACCGGACGGAGCCUGCACCGCGUGUGGUGCUGCGGCCUGGCGGCCUCUGGCAGCCGCCCUGGCUCGUCGGCCUCUUCUUCAUGCCCUUCCAGUUGGGCUGGCGGCUCUUCUCAGCCUUUCUCCGACCUAUCUCCUAUAUCCUCUACCUCUUGCCGCGAUCGCUCAGGCCCCGCGCCGUUUCGAACUCUAUCACGCGCGGCCUACGAAAUACCAAUGGGAGGAAGAUGCUACUGCCGCGGGACUCGGCCUCGCGUUUUAAGCGGGAGUUUGAAGAGGAGUAUGGCAGCGGCAGAACCCUGCCCUGGUUUGAGGGCGGCUUUGCGCAGGCCCAGGAUCUUGCCAAGAAGGAGCUCAAGUUCCUGCUCAUGGUGCUUAUGUCCCCCGAGCACGACGAUACCGCCUCCUUCGCCCGCGACGUGCUCCUCUCUCCCGAGGUCUCCGCCUUCCUCUCUGACCCGGCAAACGACAUCAUCCUCUGGGGUGGCAAUGUCCUCGACAGCGAGGCCUAUCUUGUCUCUAGCGAAUACGGCUGUACUAAAUUUCCCUUCAGCGUGCUCAUCAGCCUUACACCAAAGGAGGGGACCACAAGGAUGGGCAUUAUCAAGAGAUUGGUGGGGCCUAUGACGGCGUCUGCCUAUCUGACGGGCAUUCGCGCCGCAAUCAAUAAGUACUCGCCGGAUCUGGAGGGUCUGAGGGCAGAGCGGGUCGCGCAGCAGUCGGCGAGGAACCUGAGGACCGAGCAGGACUCUGCGUACGAGCGCUCGCUGGCUAAAGACCGCGAGCGCGCUCGACAGAAGCGCGAGGAGGAGAAGGCCGCCGCAGAGGCGGAGAGGAAGGCCCAGGAGGAUGCGGAGCGCGCGGCUGAGACGGAGCGCAUGAGGCAAAUGUGGAGGCGGUGGCGGGCCGCGGUGAUCGCGCCUGAGCCGCCGGCCAGCGACAAGAACGUGGUGCGGCUGGCGGUCAAGAUGCCUGAGAGCGCCGGGGCGGGCAGGGUCAUCCGGCGAUUCGCGGGCGAUGCCACCGUCGAGGAGCUGUACGCCUUUGUCGAGUGCUAUGAUCUCCUUCAACGGCCCGCCGACGAGUCCGAGCUAGACGAGAAGUUUUCCGCCGGCGGACCUGAAGGGUAUGAGCACGUGUACCGCUUCAGGCUCGCCAGCCUGAUGCCACGUGAGGUUUUCGAGCCAACUAAGACAAAGACCCUCCGGGAGACGGUCGGCAGGUCGGGGAACCUGAUCGUCGAGGAUAUCUUAGAUGACGACGAGGAGGACGAGGCGUAG